AUGUUUGGCACUACUGAGCCAUACACAUCACAGUCAUCAAGUGAAACCCCGGGCCAACACCCGUCCCAACCAGACGACUCCUUCACGGAUCUAGUGUCAGUCGGGCUAUUUGAGCAACAACCGCCGCCGGAACUGAUCGUUUUCCUAACAAAUGUUUACUUCGACAAGUGGUAUUUUGCAGCACCAAUGUUCCAGCGAGCUCGUUACUCAAUGUCUUUACAUUUGCCGCCUCACAUGCGCCCACCCAUGUGUCUUCAAUACAUCGUCAUGGCCCUUGGUGCCGACAUCACCAAGACGCAUCGCAAGCUAGCCAUUCAAUUUUACCAACGAGCCAGAGCUUACAUGCAAGCCGACGAAAUGAGAAUCCACACUCGCCUUCCUGCUUCCGACAAAGCCUUUGAAGCAGGCCUAGAAGAACUCACGAGCCCUACUACAAGCAUUCUGCACCAAGAAGGGCAAAACUUUUCUUCAUUUGCUGGAAGAGUUCUUGCUUCCUCGUUGUUCUAUCAAGCAUUCCAACAGUCGUCCCAGAACAUUCCAGAUGAAGAGGCACAGGACGUCAAAACUAGUCUGCACUGGAAGCGCCAUCGCGAAAUCGACAACGACCUCGCUUCUCUCCUCAAUUGUCUUCCAGAUGAUCUCAAACUACCCAAAACUACCCAACAAGCAGCUCUGUCAACAAUCGAAAGGGUUGGGACACCCCACCACAUGAUUCGCCAAUGCCGGAUCAGGCUUGUCGCCGCGGCCGAGGAGAUUCUGAACAUUUUGAGGAUGAUGCCAGAUGUCAACGACAUGCUGAAAAACCCGACGCUGACCUUUUCCAUGUACACAUACUACCAGCGACAAGACAAUCUCGAUUUCACACCUCGACUCAUGAUUCUAGCCGCAAAGACGUGGGGCAAUCCAGUGACGAGGUCCAUGGCCAUUCAGUUAGCCGUAGACAUGAGGCAAAGAGGCCUUGAUUCAGCAGCAGUGGAGAAGGCUAGCGAGCUGCCCCUGGAGAGAAGCACGGUACCGAUCCUUGCCAAAGGCGACAAUGACUCGUCUAACUUUCUGUUCCAACUCAACAACUUUGAGAACUCCCCGGAACCUACUGCGGACACUUGA